AUGGCUCUCCCCGACGCAGCAGCGAAACCCACAGCCUCCGCCGCCGCCGCUGCCGCCGCAACGUUGACAGCUCAAGCGGCCGCAAAAGCCGCCGCGAAAGCCGCAUCGAAAGUGUCCGCUACUGCGAAAGCUGCCGCCAGUGCCGCUGCUGCCGCCACAGAUACCGCCACGACUUUCGUUCGCCAGAGAUUGCAUGGGACUUACGUCUGGUUACUCGCCGUUUUCGCUGCAAUCUCUCAUCACCCGCACGUGAAGAAGCUUCUCAAAGCCGAUUGGUCUGUCAUCCGUGACGUCAUCACUUCCUGCACCGCGUCAUCCUCCCUCAGCGCCAGCAGCAGCGACCGCGCAUCCUCGUCCUCUUCCGCCUCCGCCGCUUCCGCGCUCUCCCCCUUCCCCCCGUUCCCCCCCGCGCUCCGCGCGUCGCUGCGCGCCGCCUCCUCCUGCCUCGCGCCCGCGUUCGGCGUGACGGUGAAAGCCGUUCUGCUCCUCGCCGUGACGCUCGUUCUCGCGCCGCUCAUAAGCUCGCUCCUCGCUGUCACGCUCGUGCCGCAGGCCGAGGCGCCGCAUCCGACGGCGUGUCGCGUGGUGGAUUAUUUGGAAAAGCCGGAGGCCGAGUCCCGGUUACACAGCCUACCGGUGCUGUAUUUUAUAGCGGGGUUGGAGACAGCGGGGCAGGGCGUGUUCUACACGCUGUUCAGCGAGCUAUACGAAGGGCUGCAGCAGCAACAUCCCCGGCAGCAGCAGAGCGCGGGUGAGAUGGCAGAGCCAGAGUCUGAGUGGAACCAAACAGAGCUGCUGCUGACGCGCAGCGCGGCGCAGAUCGUGGACAUGUCGCUGCCCGGGCGCAAGAUCUACACGGAGUGCCCGCGGAUUGAAUACUCGCGCCAGGCGUCCGACCUUGCUGCUCUCAUCUCCUCCAAACUCGCGCCGCUGCAGGUGCAGGCAUCAGCGGGGCUGCGGCAGCGGCAGGGCAGGCGCGCGCCAGUGCUGCUGCUAGCCAACUCGUCCUUCCCCAUGGGUGCCUCCCUGCGCACGCCCCUCGCCCGCCCUGACCUCGUGUCCCUGGGCCUCUACCACGGCCUGCUCUACCGCCUCAAGGUGAUAGUGAGUGUGCGGAACAUCUCAGACGUGAUGGCAUCAGCCAUCAGAGCGCACUAUGACAAAGAUGACCCUGGCUUGCAGGUGCGGCUUGUAGAGGACAGUCUAGUGUACCUCGAUGCUUCGUUGCGGCAGCUACCGUGUGGGACCUAUGCCAUCGCCAACCUGGAUCACCUCAUGUCCUCUCCAUCUCCCCCUUUUGUAUCGCAGCUCGCUCGCUUUCUUGACCUACCAGGGGUGCAUGAGGACCAGCUCCUCACCGCUCUACACCGCACUCGCACGGUCUGGGCCCGUCCUCGACCGCAGACAACACCUCGAUUCAACGGGGAACCUGUCGCAGCCUUUUUUCGCCGGAGGCGACACCUCUGGCCAUUGCUAGCAGGCACCCAGGAAAACUUUUUUUUUGCAGGGAACCCUGCGGAUUGGCCUUCUGGUGUUUUAUCUCGCCGUGACCCUUGGACGUAA